CCACCGAGACACUCACCAACCAUCGGCGGCCGGAUCCUCUCUCUACUCAAACGCCGCCUCUUUCACAUCCCCUGCCUCCUACAAGUUCACCCCGAUAUCGCCGGGCACUUAUAUCAUCCGCCCUCACUUCUUCCCCUUCCCCGCCCGGUCUCACCGCCUCUCCACGCAAAUUUCAGCGUCUCGGCCCUCGCGACGCUUCGCCCUCCUGACCCGCUUCUCGCGUCCGGCCACGACCACGCCCUCCGUGAUCAAGGAGUUCCUUCUCUAUGUCGACUCCGAAUCAACUCACGCUCGACCUCGUGCCGUAUUCACUAGCCUUCGUCAACGCGAUCGAGGUCUUCAACGCCCCUCCCUAUCUCGUCGACGGCGAUGGCUGCCACUUACGUAACUGCGGCAGGCGACGCUGGUCCUCUCGGCCAGCUGUCGCGAACAAAGGACUGGAGAGUCUCUACAGGGUCAACGUCGGCGGGAGUUUAGUUACCCCGGCUAACGACACUCUGUGGAGGACUUGGGUCACCGACGAUCCAUACAUCUUUCGUAGUUCAGUCUCAUUCAAGAACAGCACGAGCGCGUCGGCGAUCGUGUACAGGUCGUCGGACCCCAGACAGACGCCUGAGAUCGCGCCACAGAGCGUCUACGACACGGCCCGAACUAUGGCCAUCAUGGAGGAUAUGGAGAAUUCCGGUAACCAAUUUAAUGUCACGUGGAGUUUUAACGUAACUCCGGGCGAGACGCACUUCAUCAGGAUGCAUUUCUGCGAUUUCGUGUCUGCUCAGGUGACUGCGCUCUACUUUAAUGUGUACAUCGGGAACUUGUUAGCUUAUGCUGAUCUGCAACCGAGCUCGUUCACUGAUCAGACGCCUGCUGCGGCUUUCUAUUUGGAUUUCGCCGCGGAUUCAGACGAGUCUGGUCUGAUGAAUGUGAGCGUCGGUAGAUCGAAUAGGAGCACGCCGCAGGCCGCUAAUGCGUUGCUGAACGGGUUAGAGAUAAUGAAACUUGGGCUCGAUUCGACGACUACAAACACACACACAAAUGGGGUCUCGAUCAAAAUUCUCAUUCCUCCAAUCGUCUUUGGGGUUAUUCUUGUUCCGAUAUUGAUACUGGCUGCGGUCUUUUUACAUAAAAGGCGUCGGAAGCCGAAGAGUGCUGUGCGACCUAAGGCCUCUCCAUCAGCAUCCUCGUCUCCUUUCGCCCCAGAUUUCGCUGGCGCUAGUACAAGUGAAUCCAAUUUCAACAGCACGUCACCAAGAGUCAACCUCGAUCUGCAAAUCCCCUUCGAAGAGAUCAAGUUCGCAACUGAUAAUUUCAGCGACAGUCUAGUGAUUGGUACUGGAGGCUUUGGCAAAGUCUAUAAAGGUGUGCUAAGAGACGGCACCAAAAUCGCUGUGAAGCGAGGAAUGCCAGAAUCAAAACAAGGCUACCCUGAAUUCCAAACCGAAAUCGAAGUUUUAUCACGAAUCCGCCACCGUCAUCUUGUAUCCCUCAUCGGAUACUGCAACGAUCAUUCGGAGAUGAUUCUUGUCUAUGAGUACAUGGAAAAGGGACCUCUGAAGAAUUACUUAUACGGGUCCAAUAAUUUACCGAGCCUGACAUGGAAGCAGAGGCUCGAGAUUUGCAUAGGCGCAGCGAGAGGUCUGCACUACUUGCACACUGGAUACUCUCACAACAUCAUCCAUCGCGACAUCAAAUCCACCAACAUUCUAUUGGGUGGCGACUACUUAGCCAAAGUUGCGGAUUUCGGGCUCUCAAGGGUCGGUCCCUCUUUUGGGGAGACCCACGUAAGCACCGGAGUCAAAGGAACGUUCGGGUACUUAGAUCCGGAGUACUACAAAGUUCAGAAACUCACUGACAAGUCCGAUGUGUACUCAUUCGGUGUGAUGAUGUUUGAGGUUCUAUGCGCAAGGCCGGUGAUCGAUCCCAAACUGUCCAGAGAGCAGCUGAAUUUGGCGGAGUGGGCAGUGUUAUCCCAGAGGAGAGGUAGACUAGAGAAGAUUAUCGACCCGAAGCUUGUCGGAGAGAUCAAUGAGAACUCGUUGAGGAAGUUCGGGCAGACUGCGGAGAAGUGUCUUGCUAAUUAUGGGGUCGAUAGGCCGACGAUUGGGGACGUUUUGUGGAAUCUUGAGUAUGCGCUGCAGUUGCAGAUGACGGAGCUGAGGCGAGAGCCGUUUGAGGAUAGCGGGGUCGUGGAGGCGCGGGAGGAGGAGCGCGAGCGAAGGAUAGACUUCGUCCCUGACGUGUCGGAGAUCAAGGUUGAGCGGAUCGAGGUCGACAAGGAGACAAUGGAGAUGCUCUCGAGUAUCGGGAUGGGGGAUUUUCUUGGAGUUGAGAAGCAUGCUGAGGUCAUCGUCAAGGCACCGGCCUAUGGAGGAAGUGGUGGGUUCGCCAACGGUCACAGGAGCUAA